CAGUGGGGAUGGUGUGUUCAGGGUGAUGAGCUGUGUUGCUUUUACGCCAAACAUAACAUUUUGCAUUGUUGCCAAAAAGUUCAAUUUUGGUUUCAUCUGACCAGAGCACCUUCUUCCACAUGUUUGGUGUGUCUCCCAGGUGGCUUGUGGCAAACUUUAAACAACACUUUUUAUGGAUAUCUUUAAGAAAUGGCUUUCUUCUUGCCACUCUUCCAUAAAGGCCAGAUUUGUGCAAUAUACGACUGAUUGUUGUCCUAUGGACAGAGUGUCCCACCUCAGCUGUAGAUCUCUGCAGUUCAUCUAGAGCAGUGGUCACCAAACUACGGCCCGCGGGCCGGAUACGGCCCGUCAGCACAUUUGGCCCGGCCCUCUGAACAAUACCAGAGACGCUAUCGAAUUUUUUUCCUAUUUGGCCUCCAGAAAAAAAAUCCUAGGCCCGGCCCUGUCAAAGAGAGAACGGAAUAAUGGCGAAAAGGUUAGGUAAGAGAAAAAUUGAUUCAGAAUGCAGGGUAUUUAACCUGCAGUGGACAAACAAUUUUUUUUUUGUUCAAUGCAAAGAAAAGGCUGUUUGUCUCAUCUGUCAAGAGACGGUGGCGGUAUUCAAAGAAUACAAUCUUCGCCGACACUAUGAAUCCCGUCACAAAGACAAGUACGAUAGCUUGCAAGGCCAAAUACGAGCAGACAAACUCUCAAAGCUAAAAAGUGGACUACUAUCUCAGCAGAAUACAUUUGUACGCCAAGCUCAGCUGAACCAGGCAUCCGUUCGGGCCAGCUUUCGGGUUGCUAAACUGGUAGCAAGAAGCGGUAAGCCUUUCACUGACGGAGAGUUUGUUAAGAAAUGUAUGGAUGCUGUCGCGGAGGAGGUGUGUCCCGAGAAGAAAGAUGCAUUUAAUGCCGUAAGUCUGUCGGCGAGUACAAUCACCAGACGCGUUGAAGAAAUCGGGAGUAAUGUAUAUGCCCAGCUGCAGCAGAAGACGAAAGAAUUCGACUUUUUUUCAUUAGCACUGGAUGAGAGCACGGACGUGCAAGACACAGCGCAACUGCUCAUUUUUAUUCGUGGAGUUAGCGCAAACUUUGAGAUAUGCGAGGAGCUGGCAGCCCUCCAAAGUCUCAAAGGGACUACAACGGGAGAGGAUAUUUUUGACAAAGUGUGCCAAACCAUGGAGAAGUUGGACUUGGACUGGUCAAAGCUAACUAGCAUCACGACUGACGGGGCUCCUAGCAUGGUGGGCGAAACUCGCGGUCUAAUAGGACGCAUGAACCGGGAGUUGGAAAAAAGGGGUCUCACCGCCCCGCUACGAGUCCACUGCCUAAUUCACCAGCAAGCACUGUGCUGCAAAGUGUUGAAGUGGGAUUCUGUAAUGAAGGUUGUGGUGUCGUGCAUAAACUUCAUCAGAGCAAAGGGACUUAAACACAGGCAGUUCCAAGAAUUCCUGUCUGAACUGGAGUCUACGCACGGAGAUGUGCUGUACUACACAGAGGUCCGAUGGCUGAGCCGGGGCAGAGUUUUGAGGCGUUUUUACGAGCUGCUACCCGAAAUUAACGCAUUUCUUCAUUUAAAAGACAAAACGGUCCCAGAGCUGAUCGACCCAGAAUGGAAAUGGCACCUCGCAUUUUUAACAGACGUGACAGAAAUACUUAACAGCCUUAACUUGCAGCUACAAGGCGAGGGGAAACUCAUUUGCGACAUGUAUUCACACAUAAAAGCAUUUGAGGUGAAAUUAGCGCUGCUUUUGGAACAAGUGAAAAGCGCAACUUCGUCCAUCUUCCUGCUACCCAAAACCUGUCGACAGAGAACCCAGCGGUCCCGUUCCCAGCUGAAAAGUGCGUGGAAGCACUGGAAAUGCUGAAGGCGGAGUUCGGUGUGCGAUUCAGUGAACUACAUGUUCAUGCAAAAGAAAUCCGUCUUUUUCAGAACCCCUUUGUUGCCGACAUUGAUGAAGCCCAGCCUUCAUAUCAGUUUGAGUUGGCUGAGUUACAGAACUGUGAUGUUCUGAAAGACGCAUUCAAGCCCAACAGUCUCAUUGACUUCUAUGCCGCCCUCCCAAACGACACAUAUCCAAACAUCAAAAACACGCAAUGAAAAUGUCCACAGUUUUUGGCAGCACGUAUAUCUGCGAGAAAACCUUUUCUCGCAUGAAACUGCUGAAAACCCCGAUGAGAUCAAGAUUGACAGAUGAACAUUUGCAUCAGUGCUUGAGACUGGCUGUAACUAGAAUGGAACCUGAUAUUCAACUUCUCACCAGCCAGAUGCAGGCCCACAGUUCACACUGAUGAACAUACAUAGGGAAGUUGAUGAGAGAGAGCUGCAAACAGCGGUGUCUACAAGCCUACUGGAACCUACAAAAGGAUUAUAAGGAAGGAACACAAGAACUUUAAGAGACUGCUCAUAUGUGUCAGAGAGAUUCUGCUCUGACAACUGAGCUGAACUUUUAUCUGUUAAGAUUGUGCAUGGCACGACAGAAAGUUAAUGUUCCAUGGCUUUUUUUUCUAUGAAGAACCCAGAGAGAGUUAUUUAGUUAUUAUUUAUUUCCUGUUUUUUCUGUGAAGAACUCAGAGAGGGUUAUUUAGUUAUUAUUUAUUUCAUUAAUAGUGUUAUUAUUUGUUUCCUGACUUUUUUUCUGUAAAGAACCUGGAAAGGGUUAUUUGGUUAUGUGUGGCUUUCUGGAAAACAAUACAUUUUUUAAGCUCCCCUACGAUCGUCACACUUUUUCUGUUACAAACUGACACCGGCCCCCCAUCAGAGAAGGGAAAAGUUAUGUGGCCCUCACAGGAAAAAGUUUGGGGACCCCUGAUCUAGAGUGAUCAUGGGCCUCUUGGCUGCAUCUCUGAUCAGUCUUCUCCUUGUAUGAGCUGAAAGUUUAGAGGGACGGCCAGGUCUUGGUAGAUUUGCAGUGGUCUGAUACUCCUUCCAUUUCAAUAUUAUCACUUGCACAGUGCUCCUUGGGAUGUUUAAAGCUUGGGAAAUCUUUUUGUAUCCAAAUCCGGCUUUAAACUUCUUCACAACAGUAUCUCGGACCUGCCUGGUGUGUUCCUUGUUCUUCAUGAUGCUCUCUGCGCUUUUAACGGACCUCUGAGACUAUCACAGUGCAGGUGCAUUUAUACGGAGACUUGAUUACACACAGGUGGAUUGUAUUUAUCAUCAUUAGUCAUUUAGGUCAACAUUGGAUCAUUCAGAGAUCCUCACUGAACUUCUGGAGAGAGUUUGCUGCA